CAAUCUGAAAGUAUAGUACGAACAAACUUUGAUCCUCCUCAGUGGAUUGGCUUUUAGGGAUUUCUGCAGCCCUCCAACGCCGCAGGCGUAGAGACGAAGUGGUGUCGCGAGCUGACUGAGUGAGUAAUUUACUCUCCUUUUUCUCUCAAAUUAACACUAAUGUCACGGCGAGAAGACCGUAGCUCGGAGUCUAAGCGCCGCCGUUCGCGGUUUGACCGUGAGCCCAGCCCCAAGAGAUCUCGGAGGGAUGGUAAACCAGAAACUGAAAGGUCCGCGGCGCAGGCGGAGCCGGAUAAAGAUCGACUGGACCGGGAUCAUAAGCACCGUCGUCGGCUCCAGGACCACUUGCCUCUUGAGGCCCCAGUUUACCACGAUCCGAAGGUUGAAUCUGGAACCUUGGGCAAGGAAUCUGAAAACAGAAAUGAGGGACCGUCCGGUCCAACUAAAGUACCUCAGUCCCGAUCGUACUUUGAGCACGAUGACCGAGGUAGUGCUGGGCGAGAUGGGAGAAGCUUCAGUCGCAGGACAGAGAAUGAACGUGGAUGGUGGAGAGAUCCUAAGGAGCAGGAAAAUGACACGGCAAUAGACAAAACUGUACCAAGAGCCACACAUCAGAAGGAUGAGAAAGGUAAAGAUAGCAGGGAAGACAAUCAUGUCUGGCGCCAUGAUGGGUACUUUGAAAUGGAAGCAAAUCCAAAACCUACCGUACGGAAAAGGCCUUCCUUUAGAGAGCAAAAGAUCCCUGCUGAUCCUGAGAAAACCAACAAAGCAUCAACUGCUCCUGGGACAACCAACAAUCAAGAUCAUGCUUUAGAAAGUGGAAGACGUGAUGAGAGAGAGCAUGCCUCCCGCCAUUCUGACAAACCUGAGAGACCAUUUGCAGGGGACAGGGAGUUGAACAGGGCUCAAUCUUGGAGGGGCAAUUUUUCAUCCAGAGAUAGGUCUGGUGCAAACGGUAGAUACAGAGGCAGAGAUAGGUUUAUGCCCAGGCAAAGCUAUCGGCCAACUGGCGGCCGUGUUGAGAAAUGGAAGCAUGAUCUUUACACUGAGGCCAACAGGAGUCCUUCCCCAAAGAAUGAAGAAGAUCAGAUUUCAAAAAUUGAAGCUCUCCUGGCUUCAUAAAUGUUCUGAAUUUGGUACAUUUCCCCUUAUGCUGCUACGCACCCUCUCCCCUUUUCCUUCCCAGAAGCUUACUUCUGAGCAGUAGUUUGGUGAAGAACUAAGUAGCUUUUUGCAGAUCUGCUUUGCAUUGUGGAUGAUAUGCUCCAUUUGUGUAUCAAACAAUUAGUCUUUUUUUGUAAUUGGCUUUGUUGCCGUCUAUGAUGUAGGCGGCUUUACAAUUGCACAAAACAUCAUGCUUCUAACACAAAAAGUAUGUUACUCCCA